AUGGCCGAUCGAGCAACUGGACCUCCGGGUAAGGAGUCCAGCCGACAAGGAGCAAUAAGGUAUUAUACCUCUCGAGUCUCAUCACUACCCACGGAACCCCCAGCUAUUCAGCCAAAACAAACUCUAUACCUAAGACUCUUAAGCCUCUCGGAAGGGCCAGAUGACGAGAUAUCGGGCAUCUCAUUUGACUUAAACGAGCUGCUAUACGCAAGGCUAGACAAUGAGAUCACGGCCCGAGCGAUAGUGAAGGACUUCUUGGAUGCGAAGUGUAAAGGGCUGAAAGAUUACGACUUCCUCAAGGAACACUUGCUGUCUAAAGGCGUGUGGUACCCCCCAAAGCAAAAGGGCUACGCUAAUAGGAUGAUAAAGGAGCAACAGGCAACACCCUUAGGUCUCGAUUCAAGGUGGACCGCCGAAAACCUCACGGACGACGAGGAUACUACACCUCAACCACCUCCACCCUCGCGCAGUCCAAAAGGGAAGGAAAAGGAGGCCUCAGGCAGGAGGGAAGAAGGGGAGGAGAUUCGGAGGUUACGCGAGGAGUUUUUAAGGGAAAGGAGCGAUAUGGAACGAAAUAUGGAGGCUAUGGCAAGGCAAAUGGCGGAAUUACGGACCUACGUUAUACAAUCUAAUGAAGAGCUACGACGAAGCACUUCAGCGUACUCGACGCCCUCAAUUCAUCAAUCGCUACGCAAUACGCCAAUCAUACAAGAGCUAAAAUCACCUCAGCGGCCUUCAAACCCCUUUUUCAAAGGCUACACCUAG